AUGUUGACACUGUCUGUACUGUAUUUUCCAGAUAAUGGCGUCAAAGCAGAGUUCAACCGCAGCUGCUCGGCCGAGGGCCCCUCGGGUCCACAGGCCAACCCUAUCAAAGCCUCCAGGACCCAUCAUGAGCUGCAUAAGGAACUGCUGCUAGCCCACAAAAAGGGUAAGGCCCUGUGCAGUAAGCCUGAGCUGCAGCAGGUGCUUGAGAGGCGUAAGAAGGAGCAGACUCAGAAAGAGGAGGGAGACCAGGCCAGGACUCCCCUGGAGGAGGUGCUUCUGAAACGGCAGCAGAAGAACACUGAGAGGGAGAAGCACGAAGGGGAGAAAGUACAGGAGGAGGCCCAGCUGUUGGAGUUUGUUCGAGUCCGACAGAACCUGAAAAAGAUCCAGGCUUUCCACAAGGCCACAAACUCUUGA